AUGUCUGCUAUUGACACUACCCCUGAUGCAUCUGGUGCGGUCACCGUUGACAGCACUAACACCAACACUCCUGUUGACGCCAAACAAGAAGCUCUCCAGAAGAAAGCCGCCGAGAGCGAGGCCAAACGCAUUGAGAAUCUUGCGAUCCAGCGGAAGAAGCUCGAAGCCGCUAAGCAGAAGGCCGCGCAAGAGUUGGCAUCCAAGGGCAAGAACGCAGUGCUCAAAACCCAGCCUAGCCGACCUACACGACGACCUGUGAAGAAGAACCGGAAACCGCUUCUACCUCCUGCCAACCGGACUCACGAGAUUGAAGCGACUAUUGAGAAGACGAAAGCUAGCGCUGAAGAGAAACGUCUUGCCCCUCUGCGGAUUGUACGCCCAAGCUACAGCUACAGCGACAUCGUCGAGCAGCGCGUCGUAGACGGUGUAGUUGAGCGCAUUGUGCAUACCAACCAUCCUGCGCAUGAGUCUUGUGUCGCCCACAACCACGACGAUGGUAUCGAGCAGCGCAUGGCAGACGGCGUCACUGAGUCUACCUUACAGUCCGCUGAUGCGCCCGAGACUGUUCAGUCUGACACCGACGUUGAGUCAGAUAGGGCCACGGAACCCUAUACUGAGUCAGACGAAGACGCUCCUCAGCUAGUACAAGAGCUUGCCUCUCCAGAGCAGGUCACUGUCCUUGAAGACGACGACGACUUUGCCGAAGCUUCCAGUGUUACUACACUACCCCAGAUCUACAUCACUGCUCCGAUAGGUGAUGCGGAUGAGGAGCCUUCGAUGACUGAAGAUCUGGCUGAGGCAGUCGACACGUCGUCCGAGCCGACCAAGGUGACUGGCGCUGAAAAGUCGACCUGUAGCCCUUCGGCGAUCCUGUCGAUGCCCAACUCGGCUCUUUACCCUUCGCGCCUAUCCCGCGACGAAGAGGCUAAGUUGGUCGCCAUGCACGUUACUCCCAUUGUACUGCCGGUCGCUGAAGCCAAGCAGCAGAAGCUUAGCAAGGCUCAGAAGAAGGCCGCUAAGACAUCUGAGGCAUCUAAGGAGGUGGCCACGACGAAGUCCGAUGUGGUUCAAAAGCUUCCCGAAACCGGCUAUGCCCAAAUUACCUUUGAUGAUACAGAGCCCAGUGUAAUCCCGGAUGAGUCUGAUCACGUUGCUAUACUGCUUGCCAGGCCCAAUGGCUCUGGUGUGACCACAGAAUCUCGCAACCUUCACGAGAAGCUCGUCGCGCUUCAUGUCGCUCCACCUUCGCUGCCAGUCACUUCUCACAAGCAGCAGAAGACUCCAACAGCCAAGUCAAAAGCUACUAAAGCUGAUCAGAAGAAGACUGUCACUGUUGAGAAAAAAGAGCAGAAAUUUGUCGCUUCUUUUCUUUCCAAGCCUAACGGCCCAGGCGAGACCAAGGAGGCGCGCGGCUUUCAUGAGAAGCUGGUUGCGCUUCAUACCACUCUUGUCUCGCUGCCGGUCACUGCGCCCAAGCAGCAAAAGGCCUCAAAGAAGGACCAGAAGGCUACUAAAGCUGAAAAGAAGAAGAUUGUCGCUACUGAGAAGAAAGAGCCUGACUUUAUCGCCUCUCUACUCUGCAAGCCCAACGGUUCGGGUGAGACCAAAGAAACUCGCGACUUUCACAACAAUCUUGUGGCUAUGCAUGUAGCGCCACUCGAAGUUUCGGUAUCCAUACGACAGAAUAAGGAUAAGAAAGCUGAGAAGGCCAACAGGUAUAUUGAGACUUGGACCGCUGACCCCGAUGCCGUUGAUGCAAUGUUCAUCAGCAUGGUGCCUCCCAUUACCGAGGAGCCUAUCUCUGCUGUCGAGGAGCUGAGUACAGACGAUGCAACGCGCGACGAGCCGUCUGUCGUCAUUGCGACUCCUAACCAGGGGUUCUGGCAAACUGUUCUUUCCAAAACACCUGCCAACGAAGCCACCACCGUCGAGCAAACGGUAAUCAUCCCGGACUCCGCCCCAACCACCACUCCUCCCACCUCCUCCUACGACGACUCAUCCUCGGAGUCCGACACCAUCAAGUCAUACAGCUCCAGCCACUCCACCCCAUCCAUCCGCCGCGCAGCCUCAAAAGCACGCACAACCUUUCUCGGCGCCACCUCCCUAGAAACCUUCAUCACCACCCUCGACUUCGAACUCUGGGACGGCACAACGACCAAAGACGACAUUUGCGAGGCCUUCGCUUCCUUAGCCGGUCACCCCACAACCACAACAACUAGUCUGAAUACCGCUAAGAUCCAGCGGAAGAUCAAGUUGGGUAGUACUUCACUAUACGCGUUCCUGCGUCAGAUCACGUUCAUGGAGGAUGAGGUGACGGUUGUGGGGGAGGUGAUGAGGGUGUUUAGGAAGGCAGCGAGGAGUCAGGUGACGGAGACGAAACUGGAGGUUGCGCUGUGGCUUGCGGAGGAGACGGAUGAGGGCAGUCAGCGAGGCAGGCGGUCAAAGCGGGCUUCGAUGGCUGGUGGGGUCUAG